AUGGACACCGCGUCUGCUACGACACCCAGGGCUCCGGCUUUAGCUGAUGGCGGCGGAGGGUCUGCUUCACCUGAUGAUAGCCACCAUGAAUCGGAUGCGCCUGGGAAUACGGCGCCUAGGAAAGAGGAUAUCACAUCCAAGGAAGGCCAGGACGCUGACGCAGGGGAAGGAUCCUCGACUUCUAAGCUCGCGGACGACAAUUCUACUUCAAGUCUUCCAGCAGGCCCAGAACCUGAGAGGUCCUCGGACCCUCUCCAGAUCGCAGCCCAGGUGUACCCUUGGAUGUACAUGACCUCUACUCUCGAGGCCUGUUUCAAGGACGCUGAAGCGACUGCAAAGAGAGACCUGGAGAAGAAAGCAAAGGAACUAGAAGCCGAAGAAGCCAACAUAUCUGACGAACGUAUUCGCUUUGAAGCUGAAAGAUUGAUUCAAUUCUAUGACGAGCUUGCCUCUGAUAAAUUCGCGAAGGAAGCGCCGAUAAUAAUGCAAAAUUUCCUGUCUCACGGUGAUUCGUGCACCGAAUGCGAAUCAGAGGCUCUCAAAAUCGCUUCUCAAGAGUUUGACCUCGAUUACACCGAAGGCCCUUCUCCUUUGACCAUCUUCAACUCGAUGAUGGAAAAGCUUGACCGUCUUCAGGACGAAGCCAUUGAGUUGAAGACACGCAUCACUGACUUGGAUCCCCCAGGUAACGACGAAGAAAACAAGGAGUCCACUGCAGCCAGAACGCAGAUCAUACCCUUGUUCAAUGCUUGCCUUCCUGUUCUCCGUGCGAGGACGGCGAACUUGGCUAUGGCGCAACAGCUGGUCGAAGGCGCCAAGGAGAACUAUUCGAUGGCGUUACAUCUAAAGAUGCUAGAAAUGGACGAUUCGGAUGAUUAUGAUUCGGAGGACGAUUGA